ACCCAUCUGCUGCUGCUCUCUGCUAAAUACUCGUUCAUAUCGACUGAGCUCUUGCGUUACCAACCUCCCCCAUGUGGUCUAGCAUUUCAAGCAUCUUUUUACUCAUUAAUAUAUGUAUAUUAGAAAUGUCGGGUGCCAGCGACGGUAAUUUUUUAUAUUUCGCGUUUGGAAGCAACUUGCUAAAGGAAAGACUCCAUCUGAAGAAUCAUUCGGCAGUUUUCGUCUCUGUAGGUCGACUGAAGGACUACAAGCUGAACUUUGGCCUGUGGGAAGAAAAUGUGCAAACCUCUUGGCACGGUGGAGUGGCCACCAUUGAGUCCUGUCCAGGGGAAGAGGUUUGGGGGGUGGUCUGGACCUUGAGUAAUGAAAACCUCUCAACCUUAGACAGCCAGGAAGGUGUGAGCCAAGGAGAGUACUCCCCUCUGGAGGUUUUCGUAGAGACUGAACAAGGAACGAAGCUGUGCAGGACGUAUCAGAUGAACAACUUCCACCCCAGCCCUCCAUCUCCACAGUACAAACAGGUGGUGUGCCUGGGUGCUGAACAGAACGGGCUUCCGAAGGAGUACCUGAAGAACCUGGAGGCCAUUAAGACCAACAACUACAGCGGCCCGUCAGUCCUGGAUCGAAUCAAAGCUGCCAUGAAACAACCCGAAAUUAGUAGCUGAACAGAAACGUAGAUAAUGCAAUUAAUAAUUUUUUUUUCAGACUCUGGUUUUGCUGAGACUUAAUGUUAAGAGAGAGAGAACAACGGUUGUCUUUAGACUAGUCUUCAUCCCUUUUCACUGAUUUUGAGAUUCCCCCAUUUGCAGGUUUGCACCAAUGAGUGGUUUAUUUAAACAUUAGCAAUAAUCUUUUAAUGAACUACCAAUAAUUCAUGAAUUUAUGUUAUUAGAUGUCUUCUGCAAAAAGCAAUUUAAAUAUUUGUUUCAAUGAAGAAAUAAAACUGAAUAAUUUGUUUGAAAAGAAACCA